AUGGGUCGUCGCCCGGCACGUUGUUACAGAUACUGUAAGAACAAACCGUAUCCCAAAUCACGUUUCUGCCGAGGCGUUCCUGAUGCAAAGAUCCGGAUUUUUGACCUAGGUCGAAAAAAGGCAAAAGUGGAUGAAUUUCCGCUCUGUGGUCACAUGGUGUCUGAUGAAUACGAACAACUGUCUUCCGAAGCCUUGGAGGCCGCGAGGAUCUGUGCCAACAAAUACAUGGCGAAGAGUUGUGGCAAAGAUGGCUUCCACCUCCGUGUACGCCUGCACCCUUUCCACGUUAUUCGAAUCAACAAAAUGUUGUCUUGCGCCGGCGCUGACAGGCUCCAGACGGGCAUGCGGGGGGCCUUUGGGAAACCUCAGGGUACCGUGGCUCGUGUUCAUAUAGGACAGGUGAUCAUGUCUGUUCGCACCAAGAUCCAGAACAAGGAGCAUGUGAUUGAGGCUUUGCGCAGGGCUAAAUUUAAGUUCCCGGGUCGCCAGAAGAUCCACAUCUCAAAGAAGUGGGGCUUCACAAAGUUUAAUGCAGAUGAACUGGAGGACAUGGUGGCUGAGAAACGUCUUAUUCCUGAUGGCUGUGGGGUCAAAUACAUCCCCAGCUGUGGUCCGCUGGACAAGUGGCGUGCAUUCCACUCAUAAGGGGGAAGGAUCUUCUGUGUGCUUUCAGCUGAUAUCCUUGCUUAUCGACCCCAUAUGCUAAGCUACAAAUAAAUCUGAGUUACUGUUUAAAAAAAAAAAGAAAAAUGAGGUUUU